CCUUACAAAGACAUAUGUAUUUUAUUAUUGAAACCAAACACUUAAGGCAAUCCCCCGCCAACAAAAUCUAACAACAAACCACAUUCAUUGAGAAAACAUCAUUAUAGAAACCCCUUUGUUUUACUCCAGUUACGCCCAUGGGCAACUCGCCCACUCUUCUAUCUUCCUCAACCGGCUCUCCUUCCCAGCCCUCUCUUAAAAACACAUUCCCCUUUUUCUAGUCCCUCAAUUUAUCAUAGAAGUUGCUGUCCCAGCGGUACCAAAACAAAAGCUCUCUUGAGUCAAAUUGAUAAGGAUUAACGAAGAUCACUCUCUUCUUCUCUUUAAGCCCACCCAUACCUUUCGCCUUUCUAUCGAUAUCCUUUAGAUACUUCCUUGCUUAUGACCUUGAACUUGGCUUGGAUGGCACGUGAUAAUCAACAGUUUCGUCUACUUCUGCAUUUUAAAAUGCAUUUAAGCUGCUUUUACAGCAGAUUUUCGCCUGCCACAAAGUGCGGGCAGCAUCGCAAUUUUGUCGCGCUUGGUUUUUGAAUCCAACCCACACACCACAUAUAUGUGAAUUACAUACAUACAAAACACUGGUGCAACUAGCCCUCUGGUUGGGUUUAUUCUUGUUGUUGUUUUUGCCUGGUGGGCGGUUAGCGCUGGAGCGGCCCCCGCCCUCCCCCCUCUCCUUUUCAUCAUGAUAGAGCUCGCCGUUCUUGUUCUUCUUCUUCUUUACACGUCCUCCAACGACGUACGCUUGUUGUUGGGGCCCCGCUUUCGUUGUUGUUGUUGUUGGCUCGGGUGUGUUUGUGUGAGUGUGCGCGCGCGGCGGGAGGUUGGGGCGGUGCGGGGUGUGGCGAGGGGCGGGGCAGGGCAGGGGCGGCGCAGGGGGAGCGGUGGAGUGGGGAGCGUACUUGUGUGUGCAUGCAGCUCGUUGUCGGCGGCGGCGUCGUCGUCGUCGUCGUCGUUUCAUUCAAGUGUCCAACGUUUGCCGGAGCGGUCGCACACAGAACGGUAGUCGGACGGUUUGCCAGUUUUUCGCUCGCUCUCUCUCUCGGCCGCUCUUGCUCUCUUACUCUCGCCGUGUACUGUUAGCAAAAGGCUCCCAAAAAAUAAGGAACCGUUAGUAAAAGCCCCGUUAGCAUGAAGGAUGUGAAAGUGGCGCGCGCAAUCAGCGAGUCCUCGACUACGUCAGAUAAUACCUCCGAUUUCAUCGAGAUCGUCAAGAAGUACGAUGUGGUGUAUAACAAUCACAAUCCGGAUUACAAGAACGUCGAAGUCAAGCUGAAGGUGUGGACGCAAAUCGCUGAUGAGAUAGGACUUUCAGUGGAGGCCUCCAAGCGGAAAUGGAAAAAUUUAAGGGACAGCUAUACAAAGUAUCUGCGUUCGUUUCGCGUGGGCACAAAGACCUCCAAGAAGUACCAGUACUGGGCCCAUGCGGAUCACAUGGACUUCCUAAAGCCUUUCCAGGGACCGGGCAGAAACUCCGCCAAUGGCAAUGGCAAAUCCAACGACGAGGACGACACGGAGUGUGAUUUUGGCUACCAAGUUUUGGCCAAGGCAGCCAGCAAUGGAGGCGAGGAUGAACUGAAGAUCACCAUUGCCACGGCCUCAGCGGGUUGCUCGUCCAUAGGAACGCACACAGUUAAUACUUAUACGACCGCUCUGAGCAGUACUUCGGCGCCCGCCCUGACCUCCAGUUUGGGCGUGGCGACGCCCCCUAACAUGAUCUCCCCCGGCAGCAAUUUGGGCGGCGCUGGAGCCACUUCCGGCUCCUUAGGACCUCAGAUCCACAAUAGCAAUAGCAAUGGCAGUGCCACCGGAAGCCUCAACUGCGCUGCAGUGGCUCCGCUCAGCUCGAUGACUCCGCCGGCCACCAGUGGCUGCAAUUCCGCCGUAGUCCUGCCCCUGCCCAUCUCUCCCGCAUCCUCAGCGGCCGCCGCUGUGAGCAAGGCCAAUGCAAAUGCCCUGGCCUCGCUGGCCAAUCAUCUGCCCAUGGGCCUGGGCGUGGGCGGAUUGGCCCAGCAGAUGUUUCCGCUGGCCACGCUCAAGGCCGCGGCAGUGGCCGCUGGACUGCCGCUGCCACCCACGAUCACUCCGCCGGGCUGCAGCUCCGGCAGUGGACCGAACAACAAUGUUGGCUGUCUAAUCAUCGAACCGCAUCUCUUUGCGGCGGCGGAUAACUUUAAGAAGGAGCUGACAGCCGCUGCGGCAGCAGGAGCACCACUCGGACUGUUCCAGAACCUGGCCAAUCAAGUGCAGAAUGCCAAUCGCCUCAAUGGUAGCUGUUCGGGUGUCAAUCUGCCCCUGGGCAAUCCCACGCCGCCACCUCCACCGCCAGCACCACCAGCCUCCAAGGUGAGAAGGGUGCAACCUUCGCCCCAGACCACGGCCAUCAAUCUCAGCUGCUCCGGCGGAAACAACUCGGGGCAAAUGCAGCCCCAGCAAACGAUACAGAUGCCUCAAAUCCAACAGCAGCAGCAGCAGCAACAGCCGCAGUCGCCGGCUAAAACGCGAAAGAUUUGCGAUCCGCGCUUCCCCAGCGAUUGGGAUGUGUCCGCCGUGCUGCAGGCCAACCGGGAACUGGACGCCAAUACGCUGUUCUUCCUGAGCCUUGCCCGCCAGGUGCGGGCCAUGCCCAUGAAGUUCCAGUCGCUGGCCAAGAUGCGUUGCAUGAGGAUUGUCAGUGAUUUGGAGCUGGAGCUGGAGAAUUUUGACUGCAAUGGUGGAGCGCCGCCGCCGGAUGAUUCGGGCGGUGGUGGAGGAGCCGGGAAUCUCAAGUACUGUAGCAUAGAUACUCCGCCACCUCCGCCUCAGGAUGGCUCCGUGGUCAUACUCCCGCCUCCAGUCGGACCCGAGGGCUCCACGGAGCACUUUGUGUAUGUGAUGUCGCCGUCGCGCGUGGAGAGCAUGAUCGACAUCUCCUCGGACGAGGAGGCGACCAUGAACGGGGUGCCCUGCUCCUCCGCCGGGCAGAUUUAAGCGUGUAUUCGUACAAGUUAU